UUGGCUGUAAAGAAGAAGAAGGGUGGUGUUGUACUGUGUGUUGAAAAUUUCUAAAUAUUUGAACAAGUAAUUGUUGUGUUGCGAUUACGCUUGAAGUAGUUCUUUACAUUUUUUAUACAGCGGGCUAGUAAUUAUUGGGUGAAGUGCAAGUGAUUUCGGUUUACGAGACAUUGCUGAAUGUGUGCAGAGUAAAAGCCGGCUAGAAAAUUGCGUGAUCCCUCAGUUCCUUUCUUGCACAUGAUUCGGAGAUAAAUUCGGUCAAGUCAUUAUUAUACAGGUCUCUGUCCAGUACUAAAUGUGUUAGACUUCUCUUGGAGAACAGCAGCUUCUUAAUACUUGCAGUAUCCACGUUUAAAGAUGCCUGCAAAAAAAUAAAAAGUAAGCUUGUGUAGCUGAGACAUCUGUCUGGAACAAGAAACAUAAUGCUUCGAAAUUUAGCAUCUGUGUGUAGCCAGAAAGCAUACAUUAUUAAAAGAGUUGUUAUUGCAGUGGUGCUGAUUUUCUGUGUUAUAUAUUCGCUUCAUCCAGGACGCUUUGCUUGUUAUUAUUCGUAUAUUAAUGAUGAUGAAAUUGUCAGUUCUCUGGGAAUCUCACCUGCUGCAGUCAAGAUGGCGGAAGAUUAUGGCAUGCCACUUUGUUCUGUAACCUUCAAUAGUUCAGUUACUGAAGUGCAUUACCCUACACAAAAUACUGACCUAAAUGAUGGCACAGUAUUUGCCAAAACACUGAAUAUAACUGAUGGAGGUGAAUGGAAACCACAGAAAUGUGUUUCAAAAUUCAAUGUUGCUGUUGUUGUUCCAUACCGCAACCGUAGCAGCCAGCUACAAAUUUUUCUGAAAUACAUGCAUCCAUUUCUUCAGAACCAAUUGUUGAGCUACCAGAUAUUUGUUGUGGAACAGGCACUGGAUGGAGCAUUUAACAGAGCAAAGUUGCUCAAUGUAGGCUUUGUGGAAGCUAUGAAGAUACGGCCUUUUCAUUGCUUUAUUUUCCAUGAUGUAGACUUGAUUCCUCAGAAGGACAACAACAUAUAUGCAUGCACUUCUCAGCCACGACACAUGUCAUCAUGCGUGAAUACUUUCCGUUACCAUUUGCCAUAUGAGGAACUAUUUGGUGGAGCUGUUGCAAUACUUCAGAAUCAGUUUGAGUUAGUGAAUGGAUUUUCCAACAACUUUUAUGGCUGGGGUGGUGAAGAUGAUGAUUUCCACAGGCGCAUUACACAUAAGGGUUUGAAAGUAUUACGCUUUUCUCCAAAUGUUGCACAGUAUUUUAUGUUACCACAUGCAAAAGAGCCACCAAGUGAAAGUAGAUUCCAAAAUCUAAAAUUAGGAAGUGAGCGUUUUGAAACUGAUGGUUUAAAUGCUUUGAAAUACACUUUGCUCAAACGUAUAUAUCUCCCAUUAUAUACUUGGAUAUUGGUAGAAGUGUAAUCUGAUGUAUUCUCAUGCUAUUUGAUGUCUGUAUGUACCUGAAACAUAAUUUUUUUGUAUUUUCACAAGACUGUUAAUGUAGUAGAUUGUAAAUGUGUUAUUUAUUUAUUUAUUUUAUUGUUUUGCUGUGUCCUUACAAAUUCUGUAUUGUAUUUUCUGUAGUAGAUAGAUAAUUG